CUCGGCUCCAAAGCGGCGCCCAGCUUGCAAAGUGUGAGUUUGCCGCAGUGUUCGUCGGUGGCCGCCCCCCGCCCUGCCCAAGACUUCGAAGCGAUGCCGGCGCGCAGCGUCAACGCGGUCGUCGUGGGCCCCGCCGCCCCGCAGCCUGCGGCCCAAGCAGCCCCGGGGGCACGCACCAACGGCACGCUCUACACCGCUGACGUGGGCAUCCAGAUGAUUGGGGUCACAAUCGCUGGCAAGGUGGUGCACGACGCCGGCGUGCGGUUCACCCUCGCCGACGCGGCGUCCUUGCAGCCCGGUCAGCCGCGCCUGGCGCAGCGCCACGCUUUGUCUACGGUGACCCAGCGCGCUCGGGAGGAGCUCGCCCUGCCGGAGAAGCCGCGCAACGUGGAGUACAUGAACCGCGGCCUCAUGCCGCCUCAGAGCACCGCGAACCCCUACCAGGGCCGCACGUGGACCUACUGCAUCGACGUGGUGCCCACCACGUCCGGGGCCGUCAAGGCGGCCAUUGCGCACGGCGCAGACCACGCCGCUUUCAUCAUGAAGCACGCCUUCUUCGAGGCCGACCUGUCCGUGCCCGCGUCGCCCACGGCGGCGGCCUGGAGCGCAACGGCAUCCCUGCUCGGGCAGCGCGUCAAGGUGCACCGCACUGGCACGCGCGCCGAUGGGGGCGACUGGGCGGUGUCCGACCUCAUCAGGUUCCGCUUCCGUCUGGACCCAGCGAUGCCGCCGAACGUGCGCAAGGUGGUGGACGCCAUGGUGCAGAAGUGUUCUGCCUACAUCACGGUGGGCCCCUUCGACUGGCAGGGCGGCCCUCAGGCGCUCGCGGCUUCGGCCCCCAGGAAGCGCCCGGCGGCGGCUGGCGGUGAGCCCGCGGUUCGCAAGCGCCCCGCGCGCCGUUGAGGCGCGGCCGCUGGCGAGUACCCCUUUUCCGCUCAGCCGCGCGCGCCCACGUGGCGGCGCGCGCCAAGGCCGGGCACGUUUUUUAAUAUGACCCCGCAGACGGUGCGGGUGCCCAUCUGCUCUGACGCUUUUCCCGUGGCAGCAGAAUCGCCCCAAAUCCAAGGUUCGCAG